ACGGAAUACUACAACAUGAAGAAAUAAAAAUAAAACCUGACUAUUAAAAGGGGUGAGGAUCAUAUAUUCUACUUCGCAUACAUUCUUCACUUGUGUCCCAACUCCCAACUAGAGUUGGGCAUGGGCUUGGUUGGCAGUUUGGCAUAAGGGUCGAUUAGACACAGCAAGAAAAUGGGUUGACCUAGCAUGAGAAGCAUGCCGAUGUGUGAGCAUCAUUUUCAAAAUUUGGCAUGAUCACGAUGGGGCGAUUGUGCUCUUUUUUUUUUUUUUUUUUUUUCUUUUUAGUUUGGUCUAUUGGCUAUUAAUUAAUUCUUUGGUUGAGCAUAAAUCAAAUGGAGGAAUCAGAAAGUCAUGGAAAUCUGUUUGUAAAUACAGUAAUAGUUUCUCACACAAUAGUUGUCCCAUUAUGAAAUUCUAAUGUCGUUUAAAGGUUCAAAUAAUAAACAAAUCAAAAUUUACGUAGCACUCACAUACUAUACUAAAGUCUUAAAUCAACUAACCUAUUAAGUACGGAGGUGCCCCACAACAAUAUCUUUCUUGAUACUGCCAAAAAAAAAAAUGAGAAUUUUGUUUGUGAUCUUGUGGAAAUGUAGUGUAUACUACUAUUCAAAAAAAAAAAAAAAAAAAAAAAUUGUAGUGUAUACUAAUUUGGUAACUUUCCAUGAUUCCAUCCCGUUAAUAAAUGAAUUGGGUUAUUGUUUUAUCACUUUACUAAGCAAAUAAUAACAAUAACACAGAUUAAGACAGAAAUAAACUGCUGUAGGGAAAUUAUGAUUCAGUUAAAUAAAAUCCACAGGCUGUUCCGUCAGAGGCGUUUCACGAUUCAUAGAAUCAUAAUUGGAAGCUCCUCCUUCCUGUAGGCAAAUUAUGUUCUCAGCUAAUUUACUACUUGUAUGAAAAAAAACUCUUGAAGUACAUAACGGGUGCACUUUUAGCGCCAUUACGGGUGAAUCUUAAGCUAUACAGGAGAUAAAAUGCAGACAGCAAAACAUUUCCAUUCCUGAAUCCUGAUAUUUGCUUAAAGCUGUCUUAGACUUACACAUAUCCGGAUAAAAUGACCUGAUAGCAAUUCAUCAUCACAAAAUUAUAAAAACCAAAUAUUUGAAUUGUGGCAGAUUUAAUUAAGUGCAGUUUUUUAAGGAAUUAAAUUAACUGUGAAGCAAUUGUCUAGAGUAGAAACUGCUGCAGGCUUGCAGCAUUGAUAUUGUUUUGAAGUUGAGAACUCUGGUUAAUCUUUACUUGAUGUUUCAUCCGAAACUUUGACAACUUUUUUGGUGAAAUGGCUUCAUUUUCAGCUCUCUCCAUCAAUUUCAUCCUCUCCACGGGUGGACUUUUAGCGCCAUUCCCGUGUUUUCACUCUGAAGACUUGUCAAAUUCCUCUCCAUGAUGUAUAUCUACUGGAUCCUGCAAAUAGCCCAAGUCAAGUAAACGGAGGAAAAUCUAAUGUGAAAGGGCUCAUUUCUAAGCAUUUUAUUAAUUUUUGAUUUUGUCUACUCUACGCUUGCUAACCAUGAAUUAGCCUCCCCAGUCCACAAAGGUAAUAGCUUUUUUCAAUUCUUAUUAAUUAUUCACCACUUUUAUUCUUAAGUCUUAGUCUUUAUCUGCAUCUUUGUUGUUUUUCUCUAACACUCCUCUUCAAAAAGAUAAUAAUAAAAAUUAUAACAGUUUUCCACCAGAGUUUCACGUAUAAUAUCUGUAAGAAAUAAUUUGGAAAUUUCACAGCGAGGCAACUGCUCAAAGAAAAAGAGCAGAGUUAUUUUCCUGAAAUAUGGUUACAGAGCAUUUUCCAAGUAAUUCCUCCUUAUGACUCAUAUUCAUAGCGUUUUGUAGUGCUGUCUAAAUAAUCCGUAUACGUGCACAUAAAUUCAAAACAUACAAUUUUCUAAUAUCAUUUGCAUUUCCUUCAUCACUUUUUCUUGUAAAAGUACUGACUGAUUACUCAUAAGGAAGUGAAAAAGUGCAGCAGGAAUGGAUGUGUCAGUAGUUCUCACGCUGGUACAAACUCUUCUCCAACUGCUGGACACUCCCAUUGGAGAGGAAAUUGAAUCAUUAUGGGGUUACAAAUCCCAGCUUGAGAAACUCAAGGCCACUAUGUCUACCAUCAGAGCGGUGCUCCUUGAUGCUGAGAAGCAAGAGAGACAGCAACUUGAGCUCAGCCACACAUUACAAGACAAGCUCGGGAGGCUCAAGGAAGCCGUUUACAAAGCUGAUGACUUGUUUGAUGAGGUUGCUACUCUUGCCCAGCGCAAGAAGCUUAUGUCUGGUAGCAGUGUGAGGAAAGAGGUACGCCUUUUCUUCUCUCGCUUUAAUCAGCUCCGUUCUGCUUUCAAUAUGUCUCGUGAAGUUAAAAAGAUCAAGGAGAUAUUGAAUGAUGUUGCUAGAGAUCAUCAUGGCUUUGGUUCGAGACCACAGCAUGGUCAUGAGGUAUGCGAGGUGAAAAACGAAAGGGACUCUCACUCUUUUGUACAUGAGGAAGAUGUUAUUGUUGGGAGAGAUGAAGACAAGAGGAUAGUGAUAGAUAUGUUACUAGACAGUUCUGUUGCUGAGGAUGUUUCUUUUGUGACCAUAGUUGGGAUGGGAGGGUUGGGGAAGACAACUCUUGCCCAACUUGUGUAUAAUGAUGAGACAAUCGAAAGGGAGUUUCCAUUGAAGAUGUGGGUUUGUGUCUUUAAUGAUUUUCAUACCAAAUUGCUUCACAAAAUUCUAACAUCUGUAACAAACCAAACAGAUCAUGAUGGCUUAGAAAUGGAGCAGCUCCAGAGAAGAUUGCGACAAGAACUUGAAGGGAAGAAGUAUCUGCUUGUUUUGGAUGAUGUUUGGAAUGAGGAUUUUAAUAAGUGGCACAAGUUGAAAAUUUUGUUAAUCGGAGGUGGAAGAGGUAGCCGAGUUAUUGUGACCACACGCUCUAAGAGGGUAGCAGACAUGGUGGGAAACCGCUAUAUGUUUGAAUUACAUGGUCUCUCAGAGAGAGACUCCUGGAAUUUAUUUGAGAGAAUGACACUAGAAACUGGGCAAGAUGAAAUUGAGCCAUACUUGGUCAAUACUGGAAAAGAAAUUGUCCAAAAGUGUGCUAAUGUUCCACUUGCCAUAAGGGUUGUAGGAAGUCUUCUUCGAGGCCAGGCAGAAAGUAGGUGGCGAUUUUUGAAAAACACUGCCUUGGCAAACAUAGAACCUGAUGAGAAUGACAUAAUUCGUGCAUUGAAGAUUAGCUAUUAUUAUCUUCCGUACCAUUUGAAGAGCUGCUUCAGUUAUUGUGCUGUAUUCCCCAAGCAUUACAAGAUCAAGAAGGAGGAUUUGAUCAGUCUCUGGAUGGCACAAGGGUUUAUUGUUCCAUUAGGCGGAGAGAGUCUUGAAGAUGCCGGUGAGGAGUACUUCAUGAAUUUACUGCAAAGAUGCUUCUUUCAAGAUGUAGAGCGAGCUGACAAUGGUGAAAUUCUGACAUGCAAAAUGCAUGAUCUGAUUCAUGAUCUCGCUAUAGAAGUAGCUGGAGCAGAAAUCUUGUCAUUCAGCUAUAAUACAAGCUAUUUUGAUAAGAAAACUCGGCAUCUAUUUGUCAAUAGUACUGUUGGUCGAAAAGAUUUUAGAAGAUAUUUGACCACAAUGAAAAGAAUGCGUACAAUUUUGAACAUAGGGUACCCCAACCCUUUAGAAAGCCCUGAUGUGCUGCUACCAAAAGUGAGAUAUUUAAGGGUAUUAGAUUUACAUGGGGCUUCAUUUGAAAAGCUACCAAACAAGAUAGGUGAAUUGUUGCAUUUAAGAUAUCUUGACCUGUCUUGUAAUCGUAGUUUAUCUGUGUUGCCCUUGUGCAUUACCGAGCUUUAUAACUUGCAGACAUUCUUAUUGCGUGGUUGUGAGUCACUAAAAGAGUUGCCGAGGGACUUCAGAAAAUUAGUUAAUCUUAGGUGUCUAGAUAUAUUUGAUUGUAAUAGUAUGACACAUAUGCCUCCAGGGAUGAAUAGUAUGACCUGUCUGAAUAAGCUAACUAUGUUUUUAGUUGGCGGUACAAGCAGUGCUUGCUGUUUGAGGCCAGUAGGUGCUGGUGGACUUAGCGACUUAAAGUAUCUCAACAAUCUCACUGGAAGUAUGGAAAUCAAGGUCCAUAGAGGUUUAACAUAUGAUGCAGCAGAAGCCAAGAAAGGGGGGCAUCUGAUCAACAAGCAAAAUUUACGGGGCAUAAACAUAUGCUGGACGCAAAAGCUUUGUGGAAUGGAAAACCCCAGGUUUAUUGAAGAUGACAGUGAGGGUACUAAUGCAGAAGCAUUACUUCACGGCCUGCAACCCCACCCCAAUCUAAAAUUGUUUGGAUUGUGGGAUUAUCCAGGUGUGAGGUUUCCGAGCUGGGGGAGCUCAUUGAUGAAUCUUGAAACUUGUCUCCCGAAUAUUGUUGAAAUUGAACUUUAUGAAUGUAAAAGCUUGGAGCAUCUGCCAUUAUUGAGCCAACUUCGUUAUUUGAAAUCCCUUGAACUUGUUGGAUUAAUCAAAUUGGAAUACGUGGAGAGUAUUUAUGGAGACAAGGCACCCAAAGCAUCAGCAGUGUCAAGAAAAGCAGUAUCAGUAGCAGAUGAGUUAGUCUUCUUUCCAUCCCUUGAAAAGCUUGUUCUAGGAAAUCUUCAAGAGUUGAAGGGAUGGUGGAGAUCAUCAUUGCAUCUCGAUGCAGACUCAGGUGACAGUGAGGCUGGACCAUGUAAAAAAUCAUUCCCCCGGUUAUCUUACCUGCAUAUAAGGUUGUGCUGGAACCUGACAGAUAUCCCUCUCUGUCCAAAACUGGAAAAAUUGGAGUUGAGCAGAUUCAAUAAAGCAUUGGGUCCAAUAACUAGACCAAGAAGUGCGAGGAGAUGCGUUGUUGAUGCAAGGUCUUCCUCUACAGAAUCAAAUAGGCUGUACCCUGGUGAUGAUUCUCCAUCAGCACCAAGCACUCGACAGACGCAGCAGGAGCAACAGCAGCAGCAAAUACCAGGAGGAUUGAAGGAAGUUAAGAUAGAUGAAGUAGGGUAUCUGAAAUCCUUGCCCCACGAGUCUUUUCAGAGCCUUUCUCAUCUGGUGGUAAGAGGAGACCAUGAUAUGGAAAGUUUAACAGAAGAGGCAGGGGAGGUGUUCCGAAGUGGCCGUCUGUCCUCUCUACACUCCCUUGUAAUUUCUGACUGCUCCAAAUUGAAGAGGCUAUCAGGAGAGGGAGUGUGGGAGCAUCUCACCGCCCUUGAGAGCCUACAUCUGAAAAUGCUUUCUGAGUUGGAGUUGGAUGAUGAUUAUGGAGAUCUCAACACUCGAGAAUGCACAACCGAGGAUAAUCAUGGCUCUGAUACUGACAGUCCCUGGAAAUACCUUCAUCCAACUCUGCAUUCCUUAGUAUUAUGGUACCUCCCAAGGUUGGUGAAGCUACCAAAGGGAAUGAACCGCUUGACUUCCCUUCAAUUCCUACAAAUUACAAACUGUGACAAUUUUGAAGCCCUACCAUCGUGGAUAGCCUACUUCUCAUGUCUCCAGUAUCUUGUAAUUCGGAAUUGCAAACGACUGAAAUUACUGCCAGAAGAGAUUUGUCACCUCAGUUCCUUACAACAACUUGAUGUGCGGGGGUGUUCGCCAGUGUUAAAAGAAAGAUGCCAGGAAUCAACUGGUGCUGAUUGGCCCAAAAUCCAACACAUCCCUCGCAUUGAUGUGUAAAGGAAAAAUUAAAAAGGUGAGCGUAGGAUUCUGCAGCAACUGGGAUGAUAACCACUUCUUUAAGCAGACUUACGCAUUAUCAUGCAGAUGUGAGUGUCGCCAGGAUGACUACCUUCAAAUGAGGUGAUAGUGGUCAAGGUUGGAUAAAAAUGAGAGUUAGUCUCUGGUGACCAUGUAUUAAAACUGGGAAUAAACUGUCUCUGACAGUCUGACCUCCUACAUAAGCUGUAACAUUCUGAACUGAAAACCGGCCUCGACUGAAAAAAUUGAAGCCAUAUCUCUAAUUGUAUUGAUGUUUGCUAGGAAAUGAAGUGAUACCUCCUGUUACAAAAUUACCUUAUGACCUGGUAUAUAUUUUUCCUAGAUUGUGUAAAAACAUGGAAUCUCAUCUUUUGAAGUAAUUGCUUGUAACUUCUUAUAAGCAAUUCAACCAAACAUAUAUAAAAGAGAAUCAUCGCUCAUAAAUCUUAUGAUAUGUCUACACAUAUUUGUUCGUGUAACAUAUACCUGAUAUACGUAGUAUUAACAGCAAAAAUGUUAAAUCUCAUUAUUAUGCAAACUAUUCUAUAAAAUUCAUUAGUGUUACUCUCUUUCAUUCCAUACGUUUGGGCUUGUGUGAUUGAGUUGUGAU